CCCCCUUCUCGCGUCGCGAGUCGCGAGUCCCCCUUUGAACGGCGCACCCAGCCAAGCCAAGCCGAGCGAGCCGAGGCCCCCAACCACUCACCCACUCCUCCCCCUCCCGACCAAAACCCACGCCCUAGCUCGCCUCGGGCGCCGCGCGUCGUUUGAUGCGAUUUCGGCGGCGAUCACCACCACCACCACCACCACCACGCGCUCCUCCGGCGUAGCGUUCGGGCGAUCUCGCGGCGGCGGCGGCGAUGGCUGGCGGGGGCAGGGCUGGCACCGAGAAGGGGGCGGCGGCGGGGCGCGGGCAGACGGCGAUCCAGUCCACCAUCCAGUCUAUCAAGGAGGUCGUCGGCGGCCACUCCGACGCCGACAUCUACGCCGCCCUCCGCGAGUGCAACAUGGACCCCAACGAGACCACGCAGAAGCUCCUCAACCAAGAUCCAUUUCAUGAAGUGAAAAGAAAAAGGGACAAGAAAAGAGAGAGUGCUGGACAGAAAACUGUUCCUGAUGCUUCUGCACAAGCUGAGCACAACUCACAGUGGACGAAGCCACGCACACAAAGGGUUGAGAAUGACCAAAGAAGAGCUUACAGCCAUGGUCAGGCAUCUGGUAACACAGCUGAAUCUCAUGGUCCUAAUCGGGAAUUUCGGGUUGUGAGAGACAGCAGGCAUGGUGUGGUUGAAAACAGACCAGAGCUAGGACACAAAGGUUCACCAAAUGUAAAAGUGUCUGAUAGGAGUGUGCCUGUAGUUCAAACCGGUCGGAACCAUCCUCCUGCUACAACUUCAGAAGGCCAGAUAACACAAGGUGCGAAGCACAGCUACAACUCUGACGUGCAUCAAGUGAAGAGACAGGCUCAGGGCACUGCUCAGAAAUAUGUGAAGCCACAUUUGAAGAACUCCCAGGAUGAGCAACACCCUCCUACUUCUGAUCCAGCUCACACCCGACCAAAUUUGAAAGCUGCUGAAGGUGCUGUUGGAUCCGUUCGACGCCAUGUUGGAGUAGUUAAUGUGCAAAGGCAACCAUCUGGCCGCUCAAGUUCUCACUUGCAUGUACAAAGUGGUGGUUCUCACGUAAAUAAUCAGCGGGGAAACUUUGUCCCAGGUGGACCAUCUGGACGCCAUUUUAUGUCUAAAAACAUGCAGUCCGUUCAUAGAACUGCUUUAGAUUCAGUACAUCGUGGCAGAUCUGGUGGCAGAUCUUUUGUUGCCUCUAGUAGUAAAUAUCAGCAGGGUCCUGCCAGCAACCAGAAAGUCACACAGCCGGCAAAGGAGUGGAAGCCAAAAUCAACAAAGAAGUCUUCCAACAUUGAUACUGAUAAUAACAAUGGAACAGAUGUAAUAACAACUUCAGCUAGCAACACUGAAAAUUCUAAUGUGUUGGAUGAGAAUGCUUUGUGUGAAAAAACCUCUCAAGCUUGCAUACAUGAGGUGGAGCAUGUUAUUAUCCCAGAACAUCUCCGUGUACCAGAGUAUGAGCAGACAGGAUUAAGGUUUGGCAGUUUUUCCCCUGGAUCUGGUGCAGACCAAGUAUCAAGCUCAGAAAGUCCAUCGGAAUCUGAAGAACAAGAACAUGUACAAGAACCAGUUCAACUUGUUGUUGAAGAUGACUCAUUGCGUGCUGGACAUGAUGAGGUAGAUGUGGAAGCAAGAUCUUCACAACUCAAUCUUUCCACAUUGACAGCCGAGAUAUCCUUGCCACCAUCUGAGGAUAGCGUAGAAAUGAAUGGCGAAGAGGUUGAGAACGAUGAUGGUCUUGGGUUGGUUCAGAGUGAUACUCCACUUGCACCUGUUGAUGGCCAAAAUAUGCAGAGUGCCUCAAAUCUGACUGCGUUUUCAACAUAUGGUCAUGAAGACCCUAAUAUGCAUCCAAGUAAUGAGGCACAGUUAUACAGACUAGUGGAACCUAAUGUACAUCCACAAGUAAUGGCAUCCCCUUCUCAGGUAAAUUUACCGGGGUACCCUUCGGAAAAUCCUGAAGCAGAUAAUGCCGUGCAAGUGUUCAGAAUACCAGAAUCUAAUGUACAUUCACAAGUACUCCCUUCCACAUCUGAGGCCAUUAGUUCACAGAUCGUGAGCAGCAGCCCUGUUGCAAUCUCUCAACAACUGCAACAUAUGUCCCAGCCACAACAAGCAGCACAGCUCUACCCUCCUGUUCAUAUGCAACAUUAUCCAAAUUUCAUGCCAUACCGUCAUCAUAUCUAUUCUCCAGUUUAUGUCCCACCCAUGGCUAUGCCAAACUUUCCAACAAAUAUCCCCUAUCCAUCAAAUGGAAACAAUUAUCUUCAGAUGCCAGGAGGAGGUUCACAUUUAGCAGCAGGUGGCAUGAAGUAUGGAGUUUCACAAUAUAAACCUGUUCCAGCUGGUAGCCCUUCUGGUUAUGGAAAUUAUACUCAUCCAGCUGGUUUUACAUUUAGCUCUCCUGGUGUUGGUGUUAUUGGAGGGGCUGUUGGUGUCGAUGAUGUCAAUAGGAUCAAAUACAAGGAUAACAACCUUUAUGCACCAUCCCCACAGGUGGAGACAUCUGAUAUCUGGAUUCAGACACCUAGAGAGAUGCCGACUUUGCAGUGUCCCCCAUAUUUCAAUUUAUCAGGUCAAGCAACAUCUGGUGCUUUUGUGCCGAAUCCUGGGAAUGCAUCAUUCAAUGCUACAGCUCAAUCCUCCCAUGCGCAAUUCCCAGGCUUGUACCAUGCACAGCAGCCUUCGUCAAUUGUAAGUCCACAUCCCAUGGUGCAUCAACAAGUCCAAUCGGCAAUUGGUCCCAACGGUGGAGUUGGUGUGGCUACACCAGCCCCUCAGGUAGGGGCUUAUCAGCAACCCCAGCUUGGUCAUUGGAGACCUGGCUUUUAAAGGUUUAUUAAUUAUCUGUAAUUAGGGGGUCACAAGAGCCUUUAUGUAACAAAAGAGGCUACUUUUAACAGGAAGCACAUUUGUUUUUAGUGCAGCUCUUUCUGAUCUAUUUAAGGUAUAACAGGGUUUUGUUAGCUUUCCCCCAAGGUGAAUUCAGUAUCCCAUCUGAACUGGUUUGAUGUAGAUUGUGAGCUAAACAUUGGCUUAGUUCUUUCAAGAGCACAGAAGUUGAAUGCCGUUUUAUUCUUUCGUUU